CCCGCCAUUUGAUCUGCAAGAAGAGGGAAACUUAAAAUGGACCGAUUCCAGAUUUAAAUAGUCCCGAAAAAUUUGUAGCAGUGUCCUAGAAAACAUUUUCAUGGGAAAAAUGGCUGUGGCUUCAAGUUCUGCUUCCAACCCCAGUUGUUCUCCUUCUAAGGAUGUCAAAGUAAUCAAGAGAACCAAGUCCCCAGGAGUUCGCGUCGUAGGUGGAAGAAUCUAUGAUUCUGAGAAUGGAAAGACUUGUCACCAGUGCCGGCAAAAAACAAGGGAUUUUAUGGCAGAUUGUAAGAGUCAAAAGAGGGACAAACAAUGCACAAUUAAGUUCUGCCACAAAUGCCUCCUAAACAGAUAUGGAGAGAAAGCAGAAGAUGUGGCACUGUUGGUUGACUGGAAAUGCCCCAAGUGUAGAGACAUUUGCAAUUGUAGCUGCUGCAUGUGA